AUGCUUUUGCGAAUUGCUUAUACUCCUGCAAAGGAAAACACCCAUACCGAGGAGUCCGGUUUCGAGGUUAUUGACAAGGCAUCGGUUCCCAAACCCGAUAGUGAAGAAGUUCGCGAGGCGGUUUCUGCCCAAGGUGAGGAUGGACAGCUACUCGUUAAUUUCGUCCAAGUCGCAAAAGACGAAGUCCCACCUGCCGAUGCCCCCGAGGUCGCUGUUACGAACAAUGACCACGCUCACUCCAUCAAUGAGAGGCCUGCUACUGAGGCGCACAAGCAGACCAUUCCAGAAGCCAAGGUUCUUCCUUCCGAAAAGCAUCAAUUCAGCGAUUCAAAUGGGCUUGAUGGAAUCGCACAAAACGACGCCAAGGAGAAAGUUCAUAGCGAUGCUCCCCCUGAAACCGCUCCGGUGGUCGCUGCACCCGUUUCUCAUGAAAAAGUCGACGAAGUUAAGUCGCAGGAUGUAGAAGCAACUCACUAA